AUGUUCUCGAGCCUAAUCAUUCACGACUGCGGUACUAUCGACGGAGAGCCCACAUCAGUUACACUCAGAGCUUCACCUUCUUUCCCCUGCGCAGUCUGGUUCCAGCAGGACUGGCAGCAGCCAGUGCCUGCCACAUGGGUAGCAAAGGAAAUCUCUGGGUUCGACGGGACCCUCGAGGUUAAGCUCGUAGAGCGCAUCUCUGAGGGUCGCAUUGGUGUAGCUUACAUUGCGCAGGUUCUCUCCGCAACUCAACAAGGCACAGAUAUUCAGGCGACAAUACCACCCACCCUGUGCCUCAAAUUCGCCAAGCCCGAGCUCAGUCGCAGUCUGGCACGACUCGGAGAUGCCUGGUUCUACGAGCAGAUGGAGUCUCUGCAGGGUAUUUCCGUGCCCACUUGCUUCGGUUUCUUCGCCUCCACUGCGGCAGACCUAGAUAAACGGGCCAAUCCACACGAAUCCAACCUCGACGUCAGCCGCGCCCGAAUUAAGUUUGAAAUCGAACCUUGGAAGCGCCGGAAGGUUUUGUUCGAAGACACGGACCGUAUCCCUUGUAACAUCGACCAGUAUCCUUCAGCCGACUGGCAGUCCGAUGACCGUGGGCUUAUGUCUUCAUUUACUAUACGUGAGAAGUACUCAAAGGUUAAUUUGGAACCUAGGAAAGCCAUAAAGGAUGUUCUAGACGAUCUACUUGAACUCGGCGUCAUUCACGGCAACCUCUCUCCUUGGAAUGUAUUGAAGUAUAUGCCUCCCGCGAGUGCUGCAGGUGAUGAACGAGUAUGCCCCCGACACAAUGUCGUCCAUCCCUGGGGAUUGAUUGACUUUGACCGUUCGCAGAUGCUCGAUCUGGAAAAUUUGUGCAAGGUUGACGGGCGUUUGGUUACUAGAAUUGACAGGAUGGUUAUGUAUGCCACGGCGUUUUAG